AUGAAUAUUUUUGUAAGAAAGGUGAAAUACCAUAGACUAAAAAACGAAAGGCGUAAUUGUCAAACCGAAGUAAAAAAUCUGCGUAAUGAACUUGAACAUUCUCGAACAGAAAUAUAUAAUCUUCGAAAUGAAAUUGAAAAUUCUCAUACAGAAAUGUACAUUCUGCGAAAUGAACUUGAUAAUUCUCAACAAGAAAUAAAUGACCUUCGUAAGGAUACUGAUAAUCUACAUGAGAAUGCUCAAACAGAAAUAAAUCGCCGGAGAAAAGAAUUUGAACAGAUACAUGAAAAUUCACAAAGAGAAAUAAAUAAACUACGAAAUGAAAUAAUUCACUUACAUGCAAGUAACGAUGAAUUAAACAGCCAGCUUGAUGGAGCACUAGAAGAACUAUUUAUUAUCAAAAGAAAUGAUCUUGAGAAUUUAGAAAUACGAAGGAACACAAUCAGGAGGAAUCGAGUUGGUAAUAGUUUCAGAAUUAAUCGUGGAAAUAUAGAAAUAAUUGAUGAAUUAAAUUCAGAAAUACGAGGAAACACAGUCAGUAUGAAUGGAAGGGGCAAUAAUGAUCGUGGAAAUAUAGAAAUAAUUGAUGACUCAAAACAAAUUGCAUAG